AUGGCUAUACCGAUCACUUUCACUCUCUCUACACUGCCUGAGGUCUUCUGUGGGAGCACUGAGAUGGCAGCUCUAUUUGACCAACCUAUCAACGACCAAAGGUUUCUACACAUCAUUGCUUUCAACCGCUUCAAACGAUUCUCUUCCUUUCUUAAUGACUGGGCUCAAAUGCCGGAGGCUGAGUAUUUCGUUUCUGAUAUUAUGGCAGGAAUUUACGAUGAGCCCUCCCGGCACAAACAGCUGGCGAUGCUUCUCGCGAUCUUUCUGGUCCAUCGCAACUUAUUUGGAGCUGGGAUAGCUACCAAAGAAAUAGCUCCACAUUUACCUAACCACCUCAGCCGGAGAGGGUUCAGCAUUUUCCAGGAAGCGGUGUCUUCGUUUGCACAGAACUUUGGGUUGGAGGACACGCUUAAUUCUCUUACACCGUUACGCUUGGGGUUCGAAGGAUCUCAAGAACAAUUUCAACGGUGGAAAGGCUACUGGGACCAAUCCUGUCCAAAAUAUUGGAACCUGCACUUAGGACAGGAUGCUACGUGGGAGCUGGGGACACUUUCUCAAUCUCAAUCUCCAAGGGACACAUCAGAUACGCACCAUCCUAACGAGGCACUCUGGUACUGGGACAGGGGUACUAUUAAGCGGUAUCUCUCUUGCUGCUUUGGUCAGUAUGACUAG